AUGGUAGUGAAGAUGAUGAAGUGGAGGCCAUGGCCUUCCAUUUCAUCCAAGAAAGUUGAAGCCCAGAUCACCAUUCAUCAAAUUAAGGGCCUCACCAUAUCAUCAGAACUCCAAGAUUCUGCGAGAUUUGCGGUUGAGAUUAAAUGGAAAGGGUCAAAGGGCAAUGCUUUGAGGACUUUAAGGAAGAGUGUAAGGAGGAAUUUCACAAAGGAGAAAACUUUAAGAGAAGAUGGAGUUGUUGAAUGGAAUGAAAAGUUUCAGAAUCUGUGCAAUUUGUUAGCUUACAAGGAGGGUUUGCUUAUUCCUUGGGAGGUUUCAUUCACCGUUUUUAAUGGCUCGAAGCACGGACCAAAUGGCAAGAUCCCUAUUAUCGCGACUGGAACGUUGAACCUCGCACACUUCGUGUCUCAUGUAGAAAAUCAAGACAGAGAAGUCACGAUUCCCCUGGAUAUGCCAGGUGCCAGCAUUCAUAAUAUGCCUUCACUUUGUCUGUCCAUCUUCCUUCUAGAAUUGAGAAAUGCUGAGGAACCUUCAGGAAUGAUGCUGAGACCAGUUCUUUCUUUUCCUCUGUCACCCUGCUAUGGAGAAAUUUCCCCAACAGAAAAAGAAGAGAACUCUGUUCUUAAAGCCAGUCUGAAAAGAGUGAAUAUCUUUAGGGGUUUAUCUAGAAGAAGGGCUAAAAAGACAGGUAACGAAGAGGAAGGCAGUGAUGAAAGGAGCUCAGUCAGAAGCGAGGAAAUUUACCCACUUGAUACGGACUCACUUGAUGACUCGGAAGAAGUGGACUUUGAGGAAGUGAAGGAGGAUUCCGGUGGUCGGAAGUCGUUCAGUUAUGGAACAUUGGCCUAUGUGAACCAUGCUGGGACGACAAGUUACAUGAAUACGAGCGGUAGUGAAGACCAGGACUGGGUCUACUAUAGCCACAGGAAAUCGGAUGUAGGGAAAAUGUCUGAGCAGUCCAUCCAGCCAACUUCAAAACGUAGAGUCCUUCCCUGGAGGAAGAGGAAACUAAGCUUCAGAUCUCCGAAAGUUAAAGGAGAACCGUUAUUGAAAAACCAUUAUGGGGAGGAAGGUGGAGAUGAUAUUGAUUUUGAUCGCCGGCAACUUAGUUCUUCAGAUGAAUCCACUUUUGGGAAAACCGAAGAAGAUUCAGUUUCUAAUAAGCUAUCAGCAUGUCUAUUUGGAGAUGACAAUUUUGCUGUCGGUAACUGGGAGCAGAAGGAGAUAAUCAGUCGCGACGGACAUAUGAAGUUACAAACACAAGUUUUCUUUGCUUCGAUUGAUCAAAGGAGUGAAAGAGCAGCAGGUGAAAGUGCAUGUACAGCCCUGGUAGCUGUGAUUGCUGAUUGGUUACAAUCAGAUGCUGACGAAAUGCCGAUCAAGUCCCAACUCGACAGCCUGAUCCGUGAAGGUUCUUUAGAGUGGAGGAAUCUCUGUGAAAACGAGAUCUAUCGGGAGAGGUUCCCAGACAAACAUUUUGACCUAGAGACAGUACUCCAGGCUAAAGUUCGUCCAAUUUCUGUUGCACCGGAGAAGUCUUUCAUAGGCUUCUUCCAUCCAGAAGGACUGGAAAAUGGAGAUUUUGAUUUCCUCCAUGGUGCCAUGUCGUUUGAUAACAUUUGGGAUGAGAUAUGUCGAACUGCCACGGAUUGUUCUCCAACUAGUGACCGGUUGAUCUACAUUAUCAGCUGGAAUGACCACUUUUUCAUAUUAAAGGUCGAACAAGAUGCAUAUUAUAUCAUCGACACAUUGGGCGAGAGGCUUUAUGAGGGCUGCAAUCAAGCGUUCAUCUUGAAAUUCGAUAGACAUACAACCAUUCAUCAACUUGCUAAUAUCAAGACUAAAAAGUCAGACAAUACACAUGUUAGCGAUGAGCAAAAUGAAGCCAAGGAGGGCACUAGCAAAGGGCAAAUGGUUAUCAGCAGCACUAAUGUGCAAGGAAAUAGUGAAGAAGAACAUAAGAUAGUCUGCAUGGGAAAAGAGUCGUGCAAAGAGUACAUUAAGAGCUUUUUGGCUGCAAUUCCUUUGAGGGAAUUGCAAGUUGAUCUGAAAAAGGGAUUGAUGGCAUCGACGCCCCUUCAUCAGAGGCUACAAAUAGAGUUCCAUUACACGAGGCACUUACAACCCGUGAUGGAGACUUCUGCAGUAGAUGCAAUCUCUGAUAUACAAGAAAUACAAUCCAUGGAAGUACCAGAUGAAUUAGAGUCUUAA